GCUUGCAGUUGCUCCUGAUUCUUCUGCAGACUUGAUCAACCUCUAAUCUCACCAUGGGUACAGACUUGGAAAAAUGUAUGGCUACCAUGAUCAGAGUCUUCAAUGAGCACUCUGGGAAAGAAAGAGGUGAUCCACACAAGCUAGACCAGAGUGAAUUGGAGUCUAUAAUGCAAAAAGAGCUUCCAAAUUACUUUAAGGCAAUGGGAAGUAAAGAAAAAAUUGGAAAACUGAUGGAGACCCUGGAUGUCGAUGGCGAUAAGCAAGUGAGCUUCAAGGAGUUUGGGAUGUUGGUUAUCUGUCUUACCAUGGCCUGCCAUGAAUAUUUUGUUGCACAGAAGUAAUCGUGAGAAAGGUGGAAACUCGCCAGCCUGCAGUCCUGCUUCCAAGGACGUGUUUAACUUCUUAAUUUUGUACUUUGCUGCACUUAAAUAAAAUCCUGCAAAACA